UCGCCGAGGCGGCCAUCUUCCGCCGCGGAGAAAAAAUUCAUUCAUCUUGCAGCAAUCGUUCGAUCGAGAGUGAGGUCGCGCGUACGCGAGUUGUUCGAGUUGUUUGUUGCGGAGUCCGUGCGGUUUGAACGAUUUUGUGUUGGUCGUGUGGUGCGCGCGGUGCGGUGAAUACAUUCUGGAUGCGUGCGUGAUUUGAACGGACGAGGAUCAAUAAUUUUCCGACUUUGAUACUUCGAUAGAAAAACGAAAGCAAGCGGCUGUGCGUGUGUGUGGUCCGGUUUUUCCUCAUUUUUCGGACCCCUCCCGGUGUUGUGAGCAUUUUGCGGUGUUACGUAAGAACAUUUUCGGUGGCUCAGGGAAAAACUAGGCGAAAAUCCGCUAGAUCCGGGACGUCAUUCGCGAGUUGUUGAGUGCGCGGCGCGAUCGAGAAAGAGAGAGUGCAAUUUUUCUGUGCAGGAAAUCUGGGAUUUUUCGAUCGGCGAAAAAGUACCGACAUCGGCGGAGCAGCAAUAGCGAAGAAGAACAGUGCGCUAAGAAGGAGGAAGAAGAAAUUUUCACGAGUGGAAUUUUUUCAUCGUCGCACCGAGCAGGUCCCCCUGAAAUAUGCUGAAGAACGCGGUAGCUCUGGUGACUGGUGGCGCCUCCGGCCUGGGACGCGCAACGGUGGAACGGUUCGCCCGGACUGGAAGUAAAGUAGUGCUGUGCGAUCUCCCCACGUCCAAGGGUGGCGACGUCGCGAAGGAACUCGGCGACAAUGUCGUCUUCGUGCCGGUUGACGUCCUCUCGGAAAAGGACGUCACCGGUGCGCUGGACCUCGCCAAGACCAAAUUCGGCCGCCUGGACGUAACGGUCAACUGUGCCGGUGUCGCCGUAGCCGUUAAGACCUACAACUUCAACAAGAAAGCCGCCCACAAACUGGAGGACUUCCAGCGGGUCCUGCUGGUCAACACGGCCGGAACGUUCAACGUCAUUCGGCUGUCGGCUGGCCUGAUGGGUGAGAACGAACCCAAUCAGGACGGGCAGCGGGGUGUCAUUGUCAACACGGCCUCGGUUGCCGCCUUCGAUGGACAGAUCGGACAGGCGGCGUACGCUGCCUCCAAGGCCGCCGUUGUCGGAAUGACCCUUCCGAUUGCCCGGGACCUCAGCACCCAAGGUAUCCGCAUUUGCACGAUCGCUCCGGGACUGUUCAACACGCCGAUGCUGCAAGCCCUUCCGGACAAGGUACGGGCCUUCCUGGCUAAGACCGUGCCAUUCCCGCAGCGUCUCGGUGAACCGUCGGAAUAUGCGCAGCUGGUUGAGUCGAUCGUCGAGAAUCCGAUGUUGAACGGAGAGGUGAUCCGAUUGGACGGAGCCCUGAGAAUGAUGCCUUAAGGUACUACACUACAGUCCUUUUGCUUCCUCGAUCCAGUUAUCAUUCGCAACACAAUAAGACGGACUCAGAUGCAUUUAUUAGGUCCUAAGUGAGAGUUUGUGGGGUAGUAGUAGCUAGUAGUUCACCGGUGCCAAUGUGCUUGGUGGAUCGAUUCCUUGUGGGAACAACUGCCAAGCAGUCGUUAUUGUGUGCAUAUCGUGCCUACUUUUUGAACCAUGGAAAAUAAAGUGUUUUGCUCAGGAGUGCAUUUUGUUAA